GCUACUUCUUAGCCAAUGCUCGAAACGCCCUUCUAACCGCCCUUCCUGUCCUCCGCUUCCUGCCCGGACCGUACAGUCGCAUGUGGCAGCGUCUUAACGACGGCAAGGCAAAAAUCAUCAAAAACUACUAUGUAUCCCAAAAGAAGACACACAUUCCUGGAAAACCACGUGGAAUCUGCGACACAUUUUUUGACGCUCAGGAGGCGGAGAAGGCGGACGGUGACGUGGUGCUGACUGAUGAACGAGUUAUAUCUAACAUAUUAGAAGUGGUCGUAGCAGGAAUCAUCACGACUUGGUCACUUCUCAGUUCCACCAUGUUCCUCCUUCUCCACCACCCGGAGUUCCAAGACCGCCUGGCCAAGGAACUGCAGGCAGUUGCGAAACAAGGCGAAGAAAUCACAAGUAGGGAUUAAGUUAAGUGCCCCCUCAUGGAAGCUCUGGAGUUGGAGACCCACCGUUUGCUGCUCGUUAACCCUACACUAGUAGCCCGAUUGUCCAGUAAGGAUGUAAAAUAUAAAGGGUAUACCAUAAAGGAAGGAACAAUUAUAAUUUCGAACGUGUGGAAACUUCAUCAUGACGAAAAGCUUUGGGGAGAUCCCUGGAAAUUUCGACCGGAACGUUUCUUGGACGAGAAUGGUCAACUGGUAUCCCGUGACCACCCGUAUAGAACAAGUUGGAUGCCAUUCGGAAUUGGCAAGCGCUCUUGUCCAGGGGAACCGUUUGCUCGCGCUCGCUAUUUCCUGUUCGUGGCCACCCUGCUACGCAACUGGAGAUUCUGUCCUUCCAAGGACCAGCCACUGCGGGACUAUGAUCCUCGACACCUGGAGAAUUUCGACCUUGAAUUCUCAAUCCGGCCCAAACCCUACCUGUGUCGCAUUGAAAAAAGAGAAUGGAAUUAAAAAGAAAUACAAAAUUAUGUUUAGCUUGAGCUCUAUAAGUAAUAGCGAGACUUAUGUUAUUUUCAGGUAAAAAUCAAUUUCUAUAUUAUUUUUGGU